UUCCCCCAGUGUAGCGGCUCUCACAAGAGGGAGGAUUGCGUUUUGCAGCCAGCCUUUACCCGGCUCGAAUAGGAUUUACGAGAAAAAACGUUUUCUUGCACAGAAUUACAAAAACAGAAUGCAUAUGUGUGCAGCCGAAUAAAACUCUUGUAGAAAAUGUGAAAGGAAAGCCGGUGUUGAUCGGUCGAUAUUUAUAAUGAGGAGCGGUUCAAGUUUAUCCAACUUGUGAAAAGCACCGCCGCUCAACUCUCGUUAGGAUCGCCGGCUCACCCAAACCGCACCUUGCAGACUGCCGACUGGUCGCGAUGGCUAGAACGAAGAUCUUCUGCGUUUUUGUUUGCAUUGCUUUCUUUUGGAGUUCUGUCUUGGCCAGUGGGACACCGCCUGCUUACGAGAAUGUGCACCGGGAGGAAGCCAAGCAGGAAGCCCCCGGAAUACUAGAAGACGAACUUGACAACCAGGAAAACAUUUUAUCCCAGCUCCUAGGUGACUAUGACAAAGUCAAAGCCAUUUCUGAAGGCAGUGGCUGCCAAUGUAAAUGUGUUGUCAGGCCUCUAAGCAGGAAUGCUUGUCAGAGGAUCGAAGAAGGCACAGCAAACAUUGAAGACUUUUACACAGUGGAGACGUUGAGUUCCGGACCUGGGUGCAAGUGUGCCUGUGUUGCCCCUCCUUCUGCAGUGAAUCCCUGCGAGGGUGAUUACAGACUGAGGAGGCUUCAAGAAUCAGAGAGAAACGGCAUCAAGCUGUCAACAAUAAUGGAAUUGCUUGAAGGUGCAUUUUAUGGUCUGGAUCUAUUAAAGAUGCAUUCAGUGACAACAAAACUUCUAGACCGUGUGGAGAAACUGGAGAGGGUUGUUUCCCAUAACCACAAGACAGCGAGUGUAAAAAUGAACAUUACUACAACUCACAAACCUGAAAAGGAAACCACGCCAUCAGUGGAGGCUGAGAAACAGGCAGUGAACUUUAGCGCCAUCUUACAGGGAGAUGCUGCUGCUGCUGUGUAUGCCCAGUCUGAGAAAUAUGAAGAAAAAUUUGUCGGGGACCUGGCUUUCUCUGAGGAGCCGUUAAGUGUGAGUCCUGAAACUCCAACAGAGUCGGUGGGCAAUGUUGAGUCACUGCAAACAAACACCAGGAUGAAAGUGGUGUCUCGCCCAACAAUCAUCCGUGGAAUAACCUACUACAAAUCCAAUACCAUCGAAGAGGACAAUGAAAUCGAUGAACAGCAAGAAGAAUUUUCAAGUGGUGAUGCAGCUGUAGAUCUGCUGAUUGAAGACCAGCUCAUUAAGCACAAAGGAUGGCAGCAACAGACUUUCAGGAAACCGAAGCCAGUAGUCAGACCCCCCAUCCCUAAAACUGAACAGGUGGACAUGAAUGGCCAUUUACGUGUAGUUCACAAUCUAGCUACUGCUGCAACUACUGAAGUAUCAAGCAAGAGUCCAAGCAAUGUUCCUGAUCUUACAUCAGAUUAUAGAACAGCAGCUGCUCCAGCUGUCACUGAUGCUUCAAACAAAUCAUCUACUGCAGCUUCUAUGGCAGUCACAAACACAGCUGCCACCCACAAUCCAUCAAGCACAACAAUGUCUUCAGCCAUAUUGGCUACUUUUACAACUGGUAAAAAUAUUACAAGCUCUCCAUCUCCAGCUUCUGCCCCAGCCUCCACAAAAGAGACCAGAGAAACUACAGCACAAGCAACAGAUGAAAUAACUAAUGCCUCCAGCACCACCCCUAGUACUACUACUACUACUACUACUACUACUACUACUGCUACUGCUACUGCUACUGCUACUGCAACUACUAGUACUACGACUACUUCUACUACUAUGACUACUAUUACAGCUUCUAGCACAAAAUUAACAACCAUCCGUUCUCCAAAAACCUCCUGGACAACUGCCAUUACAUCCACACCUUCCGUUCCUAAAACAACCCGACCUUCAGUGCAUGUGAAGCCCAGGCAGCGCUAUAAGAUCUCUUGGGAAGAAGAGAUUCAGGAUACCAUGGGCGAUGAGGCUCAAAAGAAUCUUGGUGUUUGCAAGGAUACAUUGUCUACAAUAUCUGGGCCAGUGACACAAAAUACCUAUGGACGGAGUGAAGGGGCCUGGAUGAAGGACCCAAUGGCCAAAGAUGACAAGAUUUAUGUCACUAAUUAUUACUAUGGAAACACACUCAUAGAAUUCCGGAAUAUGGAAAACUUCAAACAAGGUCGAUGGACAAAUUCGUACAAACUCCCUUACAACUGGAUUGGCACUGGACAUGUCGUGUAUGAUGGAGCUUUUUAUUACAACCGAGCAUUUUCACGUAACAUCAUCAAGUUUGAUUUAAAACACCGAUUUGUCGCAGCCUGGGCGAUGCUGCACGAUGUGGUAUUUGAAGAGAGCACGCCCUGGAAGUGGAGGGGUCAUUCAGACAUCGACUUUGCAGUAGAUGAAAAUGGCCUAUGGGUGAUUUACCCAGCUAUCGAUGACGAGGGGAUUCAGCAAGAGGUGAUUGUACUGAGCAAACUGAACCCGGCAGACCUGAGCAUUCAGAAGGAGACCACAUGGAGGACCGGCUUACGAAAGAACUUUUAUGGAAACUGCUUUAUAGUGUGUGGCGUUCUGUAUGCGGUGGACAGCUACAACCAAAUGAACGCCAACAUUUCUUACGCAUUUGACACACACACAAACACUCAAAUCAUACCAAGAUUGCCUUUUACUAAUAACUAUUCCUAUACCACUCAAAUUGAUUAUAAUCCUAAGGAAAGGGUCCUUUACGCUUGGGACAAUGGGCAUCAAGUCACGUAUGAUGUAAUUUUUGCCUAUUGAAAGGGGUUUGAGAAUAUUCAGAAAUGAUCAUAGCACUUUUGUGUAUAAAGAAAAGAAUAAAUAAUUUUAUAUUCCCAUGAGGACUGUAGAUCAGUCCGACGGGCCUAUACCUUUCCUUGCCUAUACUUCCGACCAGCAUCUCUUAUUAUUAUGAGGUAGCAGCGUGCGUUAUUUUCAGAAGUAUUAUUUAAAGUACAAGUUGUGAUCAAAGUAUUUGAUAAGAGAAGCUUGGGAUAAUCUUUUUCUGAAAUAGCCCCAAGGGUACAGAAGUAUAUUCAGUUUGUGCCCACAGGGACUUUUCAUGCAUUCUGCGGUUUCAUAAAGCACAGAGUACAAGAACAUGAAUGAACUCAGGUCAAGUGCUGGGCAGGAAUUUCUACAAAGUCUACAGCAAUAAUCUGAGCAGCAGACUGGACAUUUUUACGUGUUACACUUAAAACACCAAAUGCAAAACUGGUACUGUAUAUUUUUGUUUUUAGUCAUUUGUACUAAAAUCUAAACAAUA